AUGGGCUCCAUCAACAUACCAGAGGCUUUAUCCAUCGUGGAAGCCACAGUUGGCGACCUUGCCUCAGCACUCUCUCAAGGUCACACUAAUAGUGUCGAGCUGACCGCAAAACAUUUGCUGCGCAUUGCAAAAUAUGACCGCCGAUCCACGCUCCUCAACUCAGUUCCCAUCAUCAACGAGGAUGUCUUCGAAGCUGCUCAAGCCUCGGAUCAACGACGUGCUUCGGGCAAAGUGCUGAACCCGUUGGAUGGCAUUCCAUGCACUAUCAAAGACUCCUACAAGAUCAUAGGCAUGACUGUGGCAUCCGGCUCUCCAGCAUUCAAAGAUUUGAUUGCCAAUGAAGAUGCCUUCACAGUAAAGAAAAUCAAAGAUGCUGGGGCGGUCAUCUUGGGACGCACUAACAUGCCCCCUAUGGCUGCAGGAGGAAUGCAGCGCGGCGUGUACGGUCGCGCUGAAUCGCCUUACAACGCCGAGUAUCUCACGGCAGCUUUCGCCUCAGGGUCGUCCAACGGAUCGGCUACUGCCACUGCUGCGAGCUUCGGCGUCUUUGGCAUGGGUGAAGAAACCAUCUCAUCUGGCCGUUCGCCUGCUUCUAACAACGGCUUGGUAGCCUAUACUCCAUCUAGGGGUUUGAUCUCGAUUCGGGGAAAUUGGCCACUAUUCCCGACAUGUGACACCGUUGUGCCUCAUACGCGGACUGUGGAAGAUAUGUUUGCUCUGCUGGAUGUCAUCGUUGCUAAGGAUGAGAAGACAACUGGUGACUUUUGGAGAGGGCAGCCAUUUGUCAAACUGCCGGAUGUCAAUACUGUUCGCCCCAAGACUUACUAUGACUUCUCCGACGCGAAUUCUCUUGCCGGCAAAAAGAUCGGUAUCCCGAAAAUUUAUAUCGGAGGAGUCGAUUCUGAUCCGAUGGCAAGGAAAGUGUAUACUCAUCAGUCUGUCAUUGACCUCUGGAGUAACGCACGGAAAGUACUAGAAGGACUUGGUGCCACUGUUGAAGAGGUUGAUUUCCCCGUCGUGACUAAGUUUGAGACGCCAGAUCCAGACAUCCUGGAGGGGAGUUCCAUAGCCCCUCCUCAUAAUAACGAGAUUGAUAUGUGCCGACUCAUGGCGUAUGCUUGGGAUGAUUUCCUUGCCAACAAUGCCGAUGCAAAGGUUGCAACCAGUCUUGCACAGGUGGACUCGGCGAUCAUCUUUCCUCAGCCACCAGGAUCAAUCCCAGAUAAGUACGACUCGAAUGACCCGCUCGUCCGCCAUACCGAUGUUAUGGCACAUAUUACAGGAGGCCGUAUUCCCACGUAUGACAUCCCCAGCAUGGGAAAUGCACUGAAGAAUCUCGAAGACAAGCGCAAAGCGGACUUCGAGGAUUGGCUUGACGAUCUAGGGCUGGACACAGUGGUGUGGCCGUGCAAUGGUGACGUGGGAAAGGCAGAUGCGGAUGUCAAUGAAACUUCCGCCGCAGAAGCAUGGCGUAAUGGUGUUCUUUACUCAAAUGGCAAUUGUGUCAUCCGCCAGUUGGGAAUUCCAACAGUAAGCGUGCCGAUGGGGUUGAUGGCCGACACAAAAAUGCCCGUCAAUCUUACUUUCGCGUCGAAAGCGUAUGACGAUGGCAAUUUGUUCAGGUACGUCUACGCUUUUGAGAAAGCGAGUCAUCUGCGACAAGCACCCCCAAGAACACCGCAAUUGGUCACGGACACCAUUUCGCUCGGUGAUGGAAAGAGCAAGCUAGGACUUGUACCGCCGGAAUUAACGUUAGACGUUACGGUUGUUGAAGCCAAAGACGGAAAGAAGCUCCGAAUUUUAUGUGGUGUUAAGCAAGAUGAAGUGUCUAUGUUGAGCAUCUUUGUCGACGGUGAUAAACUUGACGACAUUAAACUUGUGGAUAGUAAGCGGGAGGCAGAAUCUCACGUGCUUGGCUCUUGGCAGGGCCGACCCGAGGAGAAAGGGGUUCCAGCACCAGAGAAGGCAAUGGUCAUUGUAGUAGCGACUGGGAAGAAUAGAAGGUCUACUGCCAAGUUAGUGUUUUUUGUGAAGAUGCAUGGACAGCAGAAGUUUCUGCUCAAUUCUUUCAUCAUGCGGGUCAUCGCUGGUUUUGUUGCCCUCUUUGCGCUUCUAUUGACUUGCGCUGCCACAAACAAUGGACUUACCGAUAUUGUGUCGUGGGAUCCUUAUAGUCUGACAGUCAAUGGUAGCAGAGUAUUCGUCUUUUCUGGCGAAGUCCCUUAUCAACGCAUGCCUGUGCCUGAGAUGUGGCUGGUGCCGAAGCCUCCUAGAAGGGUUUGGGGACAUGGACUAACUUUGUACCCGCCUAGUGUGUAUUUCUUCUGGUCCUAUCACUCCCCAGCCAAAGACGUCUACGAUUUUGAGACAUCAGGAAAAAAUAUUCAGCGUCUAUUCGACUAUGCGAAAGAGGCAGGAAUUUGGGUCAUUGCUCGAUCAGGACCAUACUGUAACGCGGAAACAAACGCCGGCGGACUUGCCCUCUGGGGCUCGGAUGGAAGUAUGGGCAAUCUACGGACAAGUGAUGCGAGAUAUUACGAAGCAUGGCUACCUUGGGUCACUAAAGUCGGUGAGAUAAUUGCAAGAAAUGAGAUUACCAAAGGAGGGCCGGUUGUUCUCAAUCAAAUCGAGAAUGAACUCCAAGAAACGAUUCAUUUAGCGAGCAAUACACUUGUUAUAUACAUGGAACAACUCAAAGCGGCGUUCAAAGCUGCAGGUAUAACCGUUCCAUCGACACAUAAUGAAAAGGGGCAGCGCUCUCAGUCUUGGAGUACUGACUAUGAAGAUGUCGGAGGGGCUGUUAAUAUUUAUGGUCUCGACAGUUAUCCUGGUGGAUUCUCGUGCACUAAUCCAAAUUCUGGAUUCAGUGUUGUUCGGAACUAUUUCCAAUGGUUUUCAAACUAUUCGUUUACUCAACCUAGCUAUGUGCCCGAAUUUGAAGCCGGUUACUUUACACCAUGGGGGAGCAGCUUCUAUGAUGACUGUACUGCAGAACACGAUCCAAGUUUUGCAGAUGUCUACUAUAAAAACAAUAUAGGGCAGAGAAUUACUCUUCAGAGUUUGUACAUGGCAUGGGGAGGUACAAAUUGGGGACACUCUGCUGCUCCAGUUGUGUAUACUUCUUAUGAUUAUUCGGCACCCCUACGAGAAACACGAGAGAUCCGGGAUAAAAUGUAUCAGACGAAACUCAUUGGGCUUUUUACCAGAGUAUCCUCUGAUCUUCUCAAGACAUACAUGGUCGGCAAUGGUACAGGAUAUGCUACAUCUUCAGCGGCAAUUUGGACACGGGAAAUCCGGAACCCGGACACGAAUGCCGGCUUUUAUAUUGUGCAACAGUCUGUAUCAAGUUCAAGAACAUCUGAGACGUUUUCUGUGAAACUUAAUACCUCUCAGGGUAUUAUUACCGUCCUAGAUGUCAACUUGAACGGUCGACAGAGCAAGAUCCUAGUUACCGACUACAAUUUCGGCAGCAACACACUUCUUUAUUCAACCGCGGAUAUUCUCACUUACGGGAUUUUCGAUGACAAUGUUGAUGUUCUUGUGUUGUAUCUCGAGGAAAAUCAGAUUGGGCAGUUCGCUCUCAAGAGCAAUAUCACCUCGCAAACUUCAGAUGGCGUGGGAACAGUUACAUAUACACAAGGAGCAGGCAAGAGCAUCGUCUCAUACAACGGGGUUUUGAUCUACCUACUAGAACAGAAAUUGGCGUGGAAAUUUUGGGCACCACCAACUACCAACAAUCCUGAUGUCAAACCCAGCGAGCAAAUAUUUGUUCUGGGCCCCUAUAAUGUUCGGAACGCCUACGUCUCACACGGAGUUGUCCACGUCUCAGGUGACAAUGACAAAUCUACAACGAUUGAAGUGUAUACUGGAAACCGAGGUAUUCAAACCAUCGAUUGGAAUGGCAUCCGCCUCGAUGCCACCAAAACGCCAUAUGGCUCAGUCACCGCCCAAAUUCCUGGUGCGGAGGACCGAAUUAUUUCUUUACCUCCACUUCAAAAUUGGCGAUCAGCAGACUCCCUCCCGGAGAAGCUUCCCUCAUAUGAUGAUUCGAAUUGGAUUGUCUGCAAUAAGACCACAACACUUAGCCCCACAACCCCCAUUACCAUUCCGGUUCUAUUCUCUAGCGACUACGGCUACUAUACCGGGGCCAAGAUAUACCGUGGAUACUUUGAUCGGAAGGACUUCACCUCUGUUAGUAUUACUUGCUCGGGUGGGCUCGCGUUCGGGUGGACGGCGUGGCUUAAUGGUGUCCUUAUCGGUGGGGACAUGGGAAAUGCAACUCUUACAACAACCACUGCUGUUCUGCCUCUCCAACUAUCUUCUCUCCAGCCCACAAACAAUGUCUUGACGGUUGUGGUUGAUUACCAUGGCCAUGAUCAGACCUCGACGGCAAAAGGAGUCGCAAACCCCCGUGGUAUACUCGGGGCUUCCCUUCUCUCCCCGUCAUCUAGCGAUUUGACGACCUCAAGCACCGGUUUUAAUCGGUGGAAGAUCCAAGGGAAUGCCGGCGGAUUAGCAAAUAUUGAUCCUGUUCGUGGACCGAUGAACGAAGGAGGUUUAUACGGCGAACGAGUGGGAUGGCAUUUGCCGGGAUUUACCCCGUCCUCCCCGCAAUUCGGACGGUCAUCGCCCUUCAUUGGGCUGAACAAAUCGGGCAUUGAAUUCUACACCACGACCUUCCAUUUAAACAUCGACUCGGAUCUCGACGUCCCGCUGGGAAUCGAGCUAUCUGCUCCAGCUGGGACGGAAGCUAGGGUCAUGGUCUGGGUUAAUGGAUAUCAGUAUGCGAAAUAUGUGCCUCACAUUGGACCACAAACCCGAUUCCCGUUUCCACCGGGUGUAGUCAACAACAGAGGACUAAAUACAGUAGCGUUGAGUCUUUGGGCCAUGACGGACGACGGGGCGACGCUUGAUACUGUUAAGUUGAUACAAUAUGGGAAGUAUCAGACGGACUUCAAGUUCAAUCAGGAUUGGAGUUACCUUCAGCCCGGGUGGGACGAGAGUCGGCUAGCAUAUGCGUAA